AUGACUAUACCGUUUAGAACACGUAUAAUUGUCGCCAUGGCAUAUCCACAUAAUCAACCUUCAUACAUAACGGGGCAGCCUGGUGGUCAAGGAGCCACAAUAGGUGAUCCAUUCCGACAGCCCGAGUACGAAUGGUCAACUGGUUUAUGUGAUUGUUGCGAAGAUAUGAGUCAAUGUUGCUACGCAUACUUUUGUUGGCCAUGUUUUCUAGGUACGUUGGCACAUAAAAUCAAUGAAUCUAGUGUAUCUUGCUGCUUCGUACCGAAUGUUCUCUCCGUUUAUCGAAUGAAAAUUCGAUCGACGUUAAAAAUUCGAGGUGGUGCAUGUAAUGAUUGCUGUGUUGUACUCUGCUGUCCAUUCUGUGCUGGUGUACAAAUGACAAAUGAGCUGCAUAAUCGUGGUCUGGCAUAA